AUAUAUAAUACUAUCUCUCCUCCAUUGAACGUGCACUCUAAAUUCUCCGUUGAAGUGCUUCUGAGUUUUUCUCCUUCAUUGAAACACCUUCUGAGGUGAGGAGGACAUGGCCUUAGAACUAAUUUUUUAAAGAAAGACUCAUGGUAUACAAGGAGAGUUUGGAACUAUCUCGGUAGUGAGGGUAGGAGUGCAGGACAAGCUUAUCAAGUAAUUAAAGAUGCCACUUUAUGACUGUGUGCUAUUACUGAAACCCCAUGUGCCGCCGGAUUCCUUGAUGGAUUUGGUUGCUAGGGUGGGGAAACAUAUUUAUGCUCGAAAUGGUGUGCUUACAGAGAUAAAGAAAUUUGGAACUGUUCAUCUGGGGUAUGGUAUAAAGAAGCUUGAUGGAAAAUACUAUAAGGGAACUCUAAUGCAGAUGACCAUGAUGGCUACUCCCAAUAUAAACAAGGAGCUUCAUUACUUGAACAAAGAAGACCGGCUACUACGAUGGCUCCUUGUAAAACAUCGAAACACACAAUUUGGCUUUCACUACCCGGAUAAUGAAGAUUCAAGAAGUGAACUAUACAAAUUCACAUCGCCUAGCAUAUAUGAUGAUAGAGAUGGGGAUGAGGAUGAAGAUGAUGAUGAGGAGCCAGAGAAGCAAGAUGGUUAAGGAUCAUCGGAUAUUGCAGUUCCCAUGUAAUAUCCUGUUCUUGCAGUUUGCGGGUAAUAACUUUAUUUUGCAGAGUGCAUAUGCAACUCACUAAGUUACUAUUGAUGGGUGUCUAGAUUGAUUUACUAUUUUACGUAUUUGUACUUUUGUUCCCUUUUUAGCAUUAAGAUAUUGUACAUUUAUCCCAAACUACAAGUAAUAGCUAUACACCUGUAGUUUUUAACCCUCGUUACUUCAAAAUUAAGAAUUUUGUGGGGGGGUUUUAUUAUAAUUCCCUUGAUUAUGAUUGCUGUAUACUGUUCCCAUCCAAAUUGCAGUUCAGCAUUGUUUUUUUGUUUA